AUGAGAAUGGAGCACAAGAAGUGGGUGGCACUGCAUCUUAUGAUGGUGUUGGUAGUGAUGGCUUCUAUGUUGGAAGGUUCCAAAGGGAUAAGUCUUUGUAACAUGAGUGAGGAUGGAUUAAUGGCUUGCAAGCCAUCAGUGACUAAGCCAAACCCAGUUGAUCCAUCCCCUGAGUGUUGCAAGGCUCUAACUGAGGCUGACUUGAAAUGCCUUUGCUCUUACAAGAACUCAUUAGAGUUACCUAUUCUUGGAAUUGACCCAACUCUUGCUGCUUCACUUCCUGCCAAGUGCAAUCUCACUCCUCCAGAUAAUUGCUAA